AAUACACUAACCAGAGAGAGAGAAGCAGCGUUGUGUGGGAAAGAGGAAAACCUAGGUCUAAAGUGAGCGAUGUCUGUAAUGAGGCACAUCUGAAAGGUGACGUACCUUUUAAAUCCCUGCUUGUGUGUGUUGAAGUUUAUUCCACUCUGUUACCAGGACAUUUCCAUAGGAUGAUGUCACCUCCAGGUAGCUAGCAUGGAAAGUGAAGAUGGAUAGUGCGAAUACCUCAGUUAGCAGCUUUCAAAGCGUAUACGCUGAAACCCGAAUGAGGAAACCCACAACAGACUUGCCUGUGUCUCGGCAACCAGCAGUCCUGAGAGAGUCAUCUGCAGGCAGAGUGGAGAUAUUGUAUCUACAGUCUUGCAUCGUUCAGGUGAAAGCCAGGAACAGAGUUAUGAGGUCCCUUCCAUGCCUUUUCUUUUUAAUAACGGUAACACCCCUGAGCAGCUUUAAUAUCGAUACCCGCAAGAAGUGGAUUACGCCGCCCACAGCCCCACUCUCUUGGCCCAAGGUUCUGCAGCAUUCAGAUGGGCGCAAGACCUGGGUUUUGGCCACUUCCACGGUAGAGGACGAUCCGAGCAGGCAGCUUGGUAGGCUGAAUAAGUGUAGUCUUACCUCGAAUGAGCUCCACUGCGAGGAAGUUGGCCUGAGAGGAAAUAUUCUAAAGUCAAAAAAUAUCCAGGAUGGUGGCAUAGCUAUAGCCAGAAGCGCAGACUGGAUCCUGGCUUGCCUGCAGAAAAAGCGGCGCCGGGCCCUUAGCAUCACAGAAGAGCUGAAUGGAAUUUGUACCCUGCUCACAGCAGACUUCCAAGAGGAGGCUUUCCUUAACCUCGGCAAAAUCAUUGAGACCAAAUUUAACAACAGGGACCAAAAUAACAACAACAACAAUAACAACAAAAUCAACAUUACUGACACUGACAACUUCAUCAGCGCAGCUGGCAAUAGCACCUCCAACAAUUCAAGAAACAGCCAUGCAUGCAAAGCAGACUCAGGGACAGAGAUCGCUAUUGUUCUGGAUGGAUCAGGAAGCAUCGAGCCUGAGGAUUUUGAAAGAGCCAAGGGUUUCAUCUCCAACAUGAUGACAUCAUUCUGGAGGAAAUGCCCAGAGGUUACAUUUGCUGUGGUACAGUACGGAGCAGCAAUCCGGACUGAAUUUGACCUGCAGGAAAGCAGCAACAAGUCCAGUGCUCUCUCCAAGGUCCAUAACAUAACGCAGCUGGGCUCUGUGACCAAGACUGCAUCUGCCCUGCAGCAUGUGCUAGAUGAGAUCUUCAAUGAAAGCCGCGGUUCGGUCAAGGGUGCUCACAGGAUGAUCCUUGUCAUGACCGAUGGGGAGAUCUUUUUGGACCCACUGCGCUUAACGGAUGUGAUGAGCUCCCCGAAAAUGGCCACGAUCGAACGUUACGCCCUGGGGGUCGGCGACGUCUUCAGCAAGCAAAGGGCCCUGAAAGAGCUGCAGCUUAUUGCCUCGGACCCUGAUGAAGAUUACUUGUUCAAGCUGCCUGACUAUGAAGCCUUGGACGGCUUCCUGUCGGUGCUGGAGAGAAAUAUUUUGGGUACCUCAGCGGCAUAUCAACCAGAGGCAAGAUCUGGCUAUGAAAACCAGAACAACAACAACAACAACAUCAUGGAGGAUGAUGACAAUGACUCAUACUCAGGGACAGAGAUCGCCAUUGUUCUGGAUGGAUCAGGGAGCAUCGAUCGUGAGGAUUUCGAAAGAGCCAAGGCUUUCAUCUACAACAUGAUGAAAGCGUUCUAUGAGAAGUGCUUUGAGUGUGAUUUUGCCCUGGUGCAGUAUGGAUCUGAUAUCAGAACUGAGUUUAACCUGCGAGACAGUUGGAACGCUAACGCUACCCUCCAGAAGGUUCAGAACAUCACCCAGUUGUACAACGUGACCAAAACAGCAUCUGCCAUCCAACAUGUGCUGGAUUCUAUCUUCAAUGAGAGCCAGGGGUCCCAGAAAAAUGCUGCUAAAAUCAUGGUUGUGCUGACGGACGGGGAAAUAUUCCUGGAUCCAAUGAAUUUAACAACGGUGAUAAAUUCACCCAAAAUGGCAACAAUUGACCGUUAUGCCAUUGGGGUGGGAGAAGCAUUUAACAAGUCCAAGGCCCUAAGUGAGUUGCAGCUGAUUGCCUCUGAUCCCGAUGAAAGUCAUUUAUUCCGGGUGACCAACUAUUCAGCGUUAGAUGGGCUCCUUUCAACCCUGCAGCAGAAAAUCAUUGCGAUAGAAGGCACGGCAGGCGAUAUUACCCAAUACGAGCUGGCGCAAACUGGUUUCAGUGCACAGAUCCUGGACAAGCAGCACAUACUGGUUGGAGCUGUGGGGGCCUAUGACUGGUCCGGUGGAGUUCUGCUGUACGAUUGGGUAACCAACAUAACCACUUUCCUGAAUGAAUCUAAAGAAGCAAAAGAAGCAAAAUACGGCUACCUAGGGUACAGUGUGGCUGUGGUGAAUGCACAGGACGGUGCCUGGUAUGUGGCCGGAGCUCCACAGCACAGCAUGACAGGGAAAGUGCUGGUGUUUAAGAAAGAUGGCUCAAAGCAAAUCCUACAAGGAGAUCAGGUUGGGUCUUAUUUUGGUUCUGAACUCUGCUCUGUGGACGUGAACCAGGAUGGGGAGACAGACUACCUUCUUGUGGGAGCCCCGCUUUAUCACAUCCAUGGGGAAGAAGGACGAGUUUAUGUGUAUCAGCUUAAGAAUGGUCACUUCUCCCAUGUGGGACACUUGAGUGUCCAGACACCAUCUGCUUUUGCAAGGUUUGGGUUCACUGUGGCCAGUGUUGGGGACAUCAGUAAGGACGGAUAUGGGGACGUUGCAGUAGGAGCUCCGCUUGAGGAUCGACUUUUGGAUUCUUCUACCUUUGGCAGCAUUUACAUCUAUAAUGGAGAUCAGAAUGGGAUCAGGAGCACCUUCUCUCAGAGGAUAAGAGCAGCUGAAGUUGCUCCAGGUCUCCAAUAUUUUGGACAGUCCAUUGAUGGUGGUUUUGACUUGACUGAUGAUGGUCUCAUAGAUAUCACCGUGGGAUCGUUUGGAAAUGUAACUGUGCUCCGCUCCAGACCAGUUGUCAGAUUUAAUGUCACUAUGAGAUUCACCCCGGAGAAAAUAUUUGUUUUCCAUAACAAUAGCAUCAUUACUGCAGAAUUGUGCUUUAAUAUGAGCUCACCUGUAGAAGCAUCCCAGCAAGAGAUUUGGCACUUAUCCAUUCGCUACACUGUGGACUUGGAUGUGAGGAUGAAGAAGAAGAGAGCCCAUUUUGAGGAUCAGAAAUCCACACUGAGCCAAGAAAAGAAGGUCAAUGGACCUGUGUGUGCUGAGCUGCUGCUCAACAUACUGCCGUGUGAUUAUGACUGUUUCUCUAGCAUUACUCUCAAAGUCAGCUACCAGCUCUCUAAUCGCAAUGAGAACAUGGAUCAUCCAGCUCCCACGCUUGAUAGAUACCAGGAGCCUGAGGCAUAUUUUCAGGUGCCAUACAAGAAGGACUGUAAUAACAAAGCUAUCUGUGCUGCGAACCUAAUCUUGAGAAGUCAGACUCAGAAGAAAUUAGUGGUGGGGGACACCAAGGAGCUGACCAUGGACAUUUCUCUAGUUAACAGCGGAGAUGACUCCUACAUGACAACCAUGGUCUUGAAAUACCCUAGAAAUCUACAGUUUAAAAAGAUGAUCCCAAAGCCAUCCUCUACUGUGAUUCAUUGCGAUCAGCCGAAACUAUUCGCACAUUUACUCUCAUCCAUGGGCUGCAAGAUUGGACACCCAAUAUUCAAAAAAACAGCGGCACAUUUUUCAGUGAUUUGGCAAUUAGAUGAAGCUUUAUUUCCAGAUCAGACUGCGAACAUCACUAUUAACGUCACAAAUGUAAAUGAAAAUAGCACUGCUUUGAUUGAAGAACACAUACUUGAUGUCAGAUAUGCUUUCACUGCAGUUCUUACCAGGCCAACUCCAGUAGUAUAUGUGAAUGUUAGUCAAGGACACUCUGAGUACAAAGAGUUCCAGUUUAAUAUCAAUGGGGAAAACCGCUUUAGAGCUCAAAUUGAAUUAGAGAUUUUAGUUCCUAUCAGCAUACAAGGUCAUAAUAUUACAAGAAUGGAAACUGCAAAAGGAACACAGAAUACAACAGUCUGCACAAUCAGGAAGGAUUUGAAAUUUUGUCAUUUUGCUGCUGGAGAGACCAAAGUACAGGCCAGCAAUAGAGUGCAGUGCCAAUGUGUGCACUGUGUUAUCACGUCCGACAGAGAGAAUGUUACUGUGAUAGUGGAGUUGCCUUUAAUUGAGUCUCAGCAGUUCUUAAAAGACAGAACUGAUCUUCUGGUCACUGGAGAAAUCACCUUCAAUAAACAUCUAUAUGAGGGCCUGAAGGAAGAGAACCACAAAGCUGAGAUCACUGUCGUCUUGUUGAAAACGCAAGUAAUCAAUACCUUGCCUGUUGUCAUAGGAAGCUCUGUUGGUGGAUUUUUGCUGUUGGCUUUCAUUAUUUUCAUCCUUUUUAAGUGUGGCUUUUUCAAAAGAAACUAUAAAAAUAUGAUGGAGGAACAACAGCCUAAGGAUCAGGCUGACUAGAGGAGGAUUCUGUACAGGAAUUGCACACUCUUCCUGAGAGCUCCAAUAUCAAAGACCAGCCAGAAGCAAAACAAUUCAGUCUGUGAGCUGGGAUGGAUCUUGAGGGUCCUGAAUUUUGAGACUGCCAUGGUUUGCUCCUGGUUUAAUUUAGGGAUUUUGCACUCUUGUAUGACCCAGCCACCUGCUUGUGCAGCUAGCUUGGAUUUGCUGACUACUUGUCAAAAUUGGACUUUCCUAGAUUAAUAAACCACAGAAUCCUCA